AUGUCUAACACAGCAGCGUCACGCUGUGGGCAACGGCCCCUAGUUGCACCCCCAGGUCGGUCUCGGAUAAUGGGGGGCCAGGAGGCUCCUGAGGGGGCAUGGCCCUGGCAGGUCAGCAUCCAGAUCCAGUCCAGGCACCACUGUGGCGGGACAAUCCUAAACAGCCUUUGGGUGCUGACUGCCACACACUGCUUCUACAAGUACCUGUGGAUCAGCAGAGCCCAUUUCCGUGUGGUGGCAGGACUUAAUGUGUUAUCUGCUCCUGGAGAUCAUGCCCAGAUCCACUCCAUCAGUAGAGUCGAAAUGCACAAGGACUACGAUGACAUCACGUCUGACAACGAUGUGACAUUAGUGCUCCUCAGCUCUCCCUUCAACUUCACUGACCAUGUCCAACCCAUCUGCAGGCUGUUGAACAGAUUGCAGGAAGCUGAGGUGGAGCUCAUUGACAGGACAACAUGUAACCUGAUCACCUGGUACAACGGCCAUGUCACUGAAAACAUGAUCUGUGCGGGAUUGGAGAGCGGGGCGGCUGAUUCUUGUCAGGGUGACAGCGGAGGUCCUCUGCAGUGCUACAGCGAGGAUGAGGAGAGGUUUUAUGUGGUCGGAGUGACAAGCUUCGGGGAAGAGUGUGGACUUCCUCACAGGCCAGGGGUGUACGCACGAACCAGCAGGUUUGCAGGUUGGCUGAAGACAAGUCAGACAGCAUCAGUGUCUUUUGCACACAGACCGAACACAGGACUGAUCUCUGCUCUGCUCAGUGCUGCUCUGAUACUGCUCUGA